UACGUAUGUGCCUCAAUUUAGAUGUGAAUAUAACAUAGCGCAAUCAACUGUAAUUACAUUAUUAUAUCAUAAAAUGGGAGCACAACAAUCAUCCAUAUCUCAUUUGUCAAGCAACGAACUAUUGCAAUGCUUUGUUAAACCUAUUCGCAUUGAUAGAGAAGAUGAGUUUUGGACGGAUCUUGUUACCUAUAACCUUGUUAUCCCAAGUUCCAAAUCUGACUGCAAGUUAUUAAAAGAAAACAUACUAUCAUUAUGUAGCUCACUUGUAACUGGAAACAAGGCGAGUGGAAACUUUACAACACUUGCUUGUAUUGCCAUAUUUUAUAUACGAGAAAUGAUGACAAAUUCAGAUUCUAUAGAUGCAACCCUGUAUCAAAAAUGUCAAAAUGUUUUGUUUAUUAUACAAUGCUGUUGUGAAUACUUCAUUGAAAAUUUAUCAGAAGACGAAAUAAUUGCAAACUUUAACACAUUACCUUCAUUUGAUGGACAGCCAACCAUACUUGAAGAAUUUUUAUUGGCAUUAUCAGAAGUUAUUUCAUUUCUUGAAGUGACUGAAACGUCAUACUACAUGCAUCUAGAAGCUGUAACAAUUUACCUCAUCUUACUGUGUUCAAGAAUGUACGAGCCACAAGUAAACAACAAUAGCAAGAUAUAUUUGAUCUUCAUGAACAGUAAAUGUUCUUCCAAUGCAACAAUGGUGGUACGAACAUUGUUUCACAACUAUAUUAAAGAUGAAGAUGUUCCUCCACAUGACCAAGGUCUUGUUGGUUGGGCUGCAUCUGGCAUAUGGUCUUUACUUGGUGGUGGCAGUGUCAGCAAGACCAAUGCAAAACAAGAUACAACGCUUCAUAACCAAUUGAGCCCUUUGUCUAGUCAUAGCUUGUUAUUGUUGCUUGUGUUUUCAUUCCAAUUUACCAAAGAACAUAAUCCAUAUCGAGCAGCUGUAUUUCAAUGUAAACCAGGCCGAAAGACUGAAGCUGAGAAUGUGGAUCAAGAACGUUCAUUUCCAUUGAAUUUCAAAAGACUGUACAACGCUAUUUCAAGAGACCUACACAAUGAUGAAACUGUUCUUCUUCUCUAUCUAAUGCUACAUAAGAAUCAAUCAUUUCUACGAUAUGCUUUGCGCAGGAAAGAUUUGCCCAACCUUGUCAUUCCAAUCCUUGAAGUACUAUACAAUGCUGAACACAAAAAUGCGCAUCACAUCUACAUGUCGCUGAUAGUUGUACUCAUCUUCACUCAAGAAGAUGAUUUUAAUGCAGCCGUGCAUCAAAUUCCCACCACUAACGUCACAUGGUAUAAAGAGAAGAAAUUGACGGAUAUAUCGCUUGGCAGUCUCCUUGUGUUGAUAGUUCUUCGAACGAUACAAUAUAAUAUGGCCAAAAUGAGGGAUAAAUACCUGCACACAAAUUGUUUAGCAUCGUUAGCUAACAUGUCAAGCACGUUCAAAUCACUUCACUCAGCAGUUACGCAGAAAUUUAUUUCAUUAUUUCAGCAGUUGACAAAACGACAUUCAAAACUUUCUGAAAAAUUAAAGCAGCAAGACUCUAGUCAUGAAGAGGAGCUUGCGGAUCUAGCAGUUCUGGAAGAAAUCAUCCACAUGAUGAUCGAAAUAUUAAAUGCUUGUUUGUGCAAUAACAUGGAAGAAAAUUCAAAUCUAGUACAUGCUUUACUACGCAACAAAGAACUGUUUCAGACUUUCCACACCAAUCCAAGAUUUCAAGAUAUCAUACAGAAUGUAGAUAGUAUCAUGACGUAUUUUGGGUCACGUGUUGACGAACAUUCGCAUGUGGACAGCGCAGAACAGAUUGUAGCAAUCAUACAAGAAGCUACUUUCAACUGGCCGAGAGACCAAAUCAAGAAGUUUCCUCAACUCAAGUUCAAGUAUAUGGAAGAAGAAGCAGCCGAAGAAUUUUUCAUCCCUUACAUAUGGUCUAUAGUAUACAGAACGUCGUAUCUUCAUUGGAACAAUAAUAAAAUUACUUUGUUUCACGUGAAUCCAACUUAAAAAUGACGUCAACAUCGGUAGAAAUAAAUUUUGUGCUUCAAAAGAAUUCGGAAUAGGUAGAGCGAACAUUCGAAUAUUUGAACUAUAUGUGAAAGUGUAUAUAUACGUACAACGCGCUUGUUUGAAUUCGAAAUUAGAAAAUCAAUGAAUUAGUACACAGGGUGUCCAGUGCGCGGAGAGCCUAAUAGAUUUGAAAUAAUCAGGGACUUUUUUUACUUAUCGAAAACUCUGGAGAAACUCUAACAUUUGCCGUAUACUCUCUGUCUGUUCGCAAGAAGAAACGUCGUACUACGGAAACACGAAAUGCAAUAUUUUAAGGACGGGCAAACCCGUGGGUUUAAUCAAGUUCUAUCGUCUAGUCGGGCGAAAACUUUUUGAUCAGUGUUUAUUACGAAUGUUGACUAACUUCUGCAAUUUUGUUGCUGUCAAUUAAACAACAUCCGCUCAGGUGUUGAAUUUUAGAAAUUAAAAAAGAAAAAAAAGGAAAAAAAUUCUCUCGUUUGGCUUUAGGAGGUUUUAGAAACCGAUUUGGGUGAAAAAAACUCUUCCGUGAUAUUUUGUGGGAAAAAAUCCGUUAUGUGAUAAAUUUAUAAAAGUACGUAUUAUCAACUGGUAUGGUAACUGCGAGAAUAGGCACAGGAUAGUGGUCAGUGUUUGGAUUCCUUGAGAGACUUAAUUUUUUAGUUUCUAGUAAAUUAUAACGUUAAUUGAGUGUUAUCGUUAAAUUACAAAAACUUGCUUAUGCUUUGAAGUCUACUUGCAUUUUUCUCAAAUUUUGCUGUUGUUGUUUUUAUUUGGUUGUAGUUUGUACGUAGGUUGGUUGCAGCUUAUUUCGACCUAUCGAGCGCCAUAACUGUUUUAAUAAACGCCUGGAGGCUUAAUUAAGUUUUAAAAUUUUUAGUGAACCUGGAGACAUAUUAUCGAUAGAGGUGUUUAUUUGAGCAUUUACGGACAACUUUUGAUUACUGCUUGCGGAAUAAAUAUAAUGAAGUUUUAUAUAUACGCUUUUUUAGAAGGAUGUCAGGUUGAGAUUUAAAGUAAAAAUAAUAGGUCUUGAUAGAAUUUUAGUAUUCUUAUAAAAAUGCCUAUAUUUGGGAAACAAUUCGGAAUUUUAUCUUUUUCACUUAUUUUUAUAAUUUUUACUUAGAGCUGGUUAGAAGAUUUGCAUCCAUAUUAUCUUUUUUUAUCUACGUAAACGAAAUAGAUUUCUCUAGUUUGUAAUUCACCUAAGUGGAGAUUUUUAGUGCAUCCGAAAAAAAUUACUUUAUUUAGUGGUUGGAAUUUUUCAGGCUUUUUCGCUGAUAUGCACGAAGCGAAUGGAAUGUCAAAUGAAAGACAAAAUUGGAGUCCUUUUUUAUAAAAAAAAGCGGCUUGAGGAAAUUUUAUCUGCUGGUUUUUGCGGUAUCGAAAGAGAUAGCCUUGAAUAUUUUUCUUGUGUCCCAAUGUAAUAAGAUCAACAGGAGGUAAAGUGAAAAAGCUUUGUUAUAUUUCUUAUUUUCACAAGAUUCUUACUUAUCCACGAUUACAUUUAUUGCAAACAUACGAAAUUUGUGGGUAACCGAGAAUGGUUUCUUUAGUUAUUUGGAUUAUUUAAGGCGCUGUUUACAUCGCUGUUUACAUUUUCGGUUUUUAUCAUUGUUGUAAUUAUUCCUAAUGUUGUAUUUAUAUCUUGCGUUGGAAUAUAUGCAUCAAUUAUGUAUAAACUGUUUCUAUACGCUACAAACUUUCCAUCUAUAUCAGAAACAAAAAAAGAUAUUCUACACCUAAUAAA